AUGGACCUGAUUCCCUCCUGGAACAUCGUCCAUCGCUUCGAGAAGCGCAAGCUUCUCAUCGCCAUCAACAGCGUCGCCGCCCUCUCGAUCCUCUUUUUUGGAUAUGACCAGGGGGUGAUGGCUGGGGUGAACAACUCCAAGGACUACAUCGACCUGAUGGGGUUCGGGUACACGAAGAUGGAAAACGGGCAAUUGACCGCCGUGGUGACGGACAGCCUGCUGCAGGGCGGGAUUGUUCCUGUCUACUACCUGGGCACUCUGUGCGGUGCGCUGCUCGGGGGCUGGGUUGGAGAUCGGAUUGGGAGGAUCAGAACGAUUGCCCUCGGGGCGGCGUGGGCGGUGCUCGGCGCCUGUCUGCAGUGUUCGGCGCAGAAUCAUGAUUGGAUGAUUUGUGCGCGCUUGGUCAACGGAGUCGGCACUGGGAUUCUGAAUGCUAUCGUCCCGGUUUGGGCGACAGAGACGGCGGAGCACACCUCACGGGGCCAAUUCAUCGCGAUUGAAUUCACGUUAAAUAUCUUCGGCGUGGUGGUGGCUUAUUGGCUGGAAUUUGGUCUGUCCUUCAUCGACGGCGGCAAGUCCGCCUUCCGCUGGCGAUUCCCCAUCGCCUUCCAGAUCAUCUUUCUUCUCUUGCUGUUCGGCGUGGUCUGGUUCUUCCCCGAGUCACCGCGAUGGCUGGUCAAAGUCGGCCGCGAGCAAGAAGCGCGGUACAUCCUGGGCCGGCUGCGAGGCGACGAGGGAGACGAUGCGGUGCGAGCCGAGGCGGAGUUCCGCGACAUCCAGAGCGUGGCCGAGCUCGAGCGGUCUAUGAAUCACAGCACCUCAUAUCUGGCGAUGCUGUUCGGAUACAAGACGGGGAAGCUGCAUCUGGGUCGCCGUGUGCAGCUGGUGAUCUGGCUGCAGAUUAUGCAAGAAUGGGUGGGUAUCGCAGGUGUCACCGUUUACGCCCCGACAAUCUUCAGCAUUGCAGGGUUUGACUCGAUGAAAAGUCAAUGGUUGAGCGGACUGAACAACAUCUUCUACAUGUUCGCCACCCUUGUCUGCGUCUUCACGCUCGAUCGCAUCGGCCGCCGGUGGACACUCUACUGGGGAUCCACCGCCCAGGGCAUCGCGAUGUUCCUGGCGGGAGGAUUUUCGCGAUUGGCCAUUGAUGCUCGCGAGGCGGGCCACGGCGACAAGGCGGCCUCAUAUGGAGCCGCCGCCGCCGCGAUGAUCUUCAUCUUCACCUCUGUGUUUGGGGCGACAUGGCUGACAGUGCCCUGGAUUUAUCCAGCCGAGAUCUAUCCGCUUGCGGUGCGGGCCCGCGGAAAUGCCUGGGGCGUGGUUGGGUGGAGCAUAGGAAAUGGGUGGUUGACCCUUCUAUGCCCCGUGAUGUUCAGCGCGAUCGGCGAAAAGACGCUAUAUGUGUUUGCAGCAAGCAAUGUCAUCACAAUUCCGAUGGUCUGGGCGUUGUACCCGGAGAGCAACCAGCGGACGCUGGAAGAUAUGGAUCUAUUAUUUGCAGCGGACACUCCCUGGGUCUGGGAUGCGGAGAAGACGUUUGCGAGGCUGAAGGCGGAAAAUCCGGGGUAUGUUGAGACUACGGCCAGGAAGGGGAGCUUGGUGGUGGAGCAUGUGAAUGUAUAG